AUGGGUGAAACUAAUGUAGAAGCACUACUACAACAGAAUAAUAGUCUGUUCAGGAAACAGUGCAUCGGUUCAGUGGAUGAACAUGACGAAACCUACCUGCAGGACCGUUCCGAUGUAACAAAGCAUGGUGAUAGCUCUAAUUCACGAUCUAGAAAGAGUAGUCCCCGCGCGAGUUCAAGGAAAAAGUCGAAAAGUACGAUGGAUCGUGGUAACGUGGACAAAUCCAACGAGUCUUUAAACUUGAAUAAUUUUGAUGAGCAUCAAUGCAAGGUAAAGUUUGGAGGAUCAUCGAUUUUUGGCAGCACGGAGAGUCUAUUUGAAGAACGAAGUGAUCAUGGUAACGACGUUGAUCAGGGCUUUAGCUCGUCCAUGCUCUUUGACAGCAUGGAUAGUAUAUUCGAGAACGGAGCCGAUGACAUUUUUAAUAAUAAGGACAAAGUGCAUAAACAUGCAAAUGCUGACAGUAUGGACAGUAUAUUCCCAGAAGGAGCCAAUGGCGACGAUUCUGACAGAAGCCAGGAAAUUACAGAACCCAUGACCUUUGACAGCAGGGAGAGUCUUGUUAAGGAACGAAAUGUGGAAGGUAAUGAUAAGCGUAAGAAUAAGUCUGAGCAUCAACCUAGAGAUCGAACCGGCGUAAAGCCUGGAGUUGAUCGUGAGUCACAACGUGGAUGUUCACAUGGAGUACGAUCUGAAGAUCCAUAUGCAGGCGACAGCGCAAGUGCGCACAUAGAAGGAACCGAACAGAGUGAGCGAAGUAAUUGGAUGGCCCGAAAAGGAUCUAUCUUUUCUCGCAUUGCUAAUUAUAUAAGGACGACUGAUGCGCGUUAUCAAGCGGUGUUGGUGGAUAUACUACGGAAAGAAAUGGAGAAAAAUCUUGAUUUUAAUGAGAAGGCACCGAACUUCAACAUUAGACAUGAACUCAUGUAUCUAUCACCAGUUUUGGGAGCACUUUUGUCUUCCUUAGUUUUCCUUAUAAUAACUCAGAACGUGCUGGCUUUUUUUCCUGUACUCAUCAUAUCAGUAUUCGGAUCAAUAACAUAUGUUGCACUCAGAUACAAAAAAGCGCUUAAGCUUGUAAAGUACAAACAAUGUAGGUGGAGUCCUGUGAUGGCCCCAGCAGGAUCUAGCUCUUCGCCCCUAGUUAAUUUGUAUAAGAAACUUGAACGAGAAGGAAGUAAAUUAUAUGUAUAG